UCACUCUGUCACGUCUCUCUUCUGUUUCAGGAAUUCAAGAAUGUGGACGGGGAGGAGUACCAGGCCAACAUGUCCACCUUGGCCUCGCCAACCUCGCAGGGAAGCCCGGACGUCUACAUCCUGCCGCUCACCGAGGUUUCCCUGCCGGUCGCCAAGCAACCAGCCCGAUCAGUCCAACUCCAGAAAUCCACAGAUCUCGGCCGCCACACUCUCCUCUACCUGAAAGAGAUCGGGAAUGGCUGGUUUGGGAAGGUUCUGCUGGGCGAGGUCAACGCUGGCCUUAAUACCACCCAAGUCGUGGUCAAAGAGCUGAAAGCCAGCGCCAGCGUGCAGGACCAGAUGCAUUUCCUGGAGGAAGCACAAGCUUUCCGGGCCCUCCAGCACCCGGCUCUGCUGCAGUGUCUGGCCCAGUGCACUGAGGUGACUCCGUACCUGCUGGUGAUGGAGUUCUGCCCACUGGGGGAUGUGAAGAGUUACCUCCGGAGCUGUAGGACUGCAGAGACGGUGACCCCGGAGCCUCUGAUCCUGCAGCGGAUGGCGUGUGACAUCGCCUCGGGGCUGCUGCACCUGCACAAACACCACUUCACACACAGUGACCUGGCUUUGAGGAACUGCUUGUUGACCGCUGACGUCUCGGUGAAGAUCGGAGACUACGGUCUGUCUCACGCCAAGUACAAGGAUGAUUACUACGUGACAUUAGAUCAGAUGUUUGUGCCGCUGCGCUGGAUCGCUCCGGAGCUGGUGGACGAGGUGCACGGAAACCUGCUGGUGGCUGACCAGACCCAACAGAGCAACAUCUGGUCGCUGGGUGUUACCAUCUGGGAGUUGUUUGAGCUGGGAAACCAACCUUACAGACAUUACUCUGACAGACAAGUGCUAACCUACGCUGUGAGGGAGCAGCAGCUGCGACUGCCCAAACCGCUGCUCAAAGUGCCUCUGGCCGAGCGAUGGUACGAGGUGAUGCAGUUCUGCUGGCUCCAACCGGAUCAGAGGCCCAACGCAGAGGAAGUCCACCUGCUGCUCAGCUACCUGUGUGCCAAGGGGGCCAGCGAGGCCGAAGAAGACUUUGAGAGACGAUGGAACUCCAUGCGUCCCAAUGCCGGACACAACAACCUCCGUGGUGCCUGUGUGAUGUCACGAGAUCACCCCUCAAUAACCUCCUCCUCCUCUUUCCCUCUCCUCGAGCAGUUCUCGACAGGCGACGGCUACCACUCGGAGUCUGGGGAUGACAUACUAACAGUCACAGAGACGAGCCACGGCCUGAACUUUGAGUACAAGUGGGAGCAAGCCAGAGCAGAGCAGUCGUACAGAGCCUCGGACUCGUCUGCCGCGCUGGGUCAUCAGGCGUUUUACCCACCAGGAGGCAUUGUGGGAGGCUGCCCCAUGGAGAGCCACAGCCACGGGGUUUCACCUCUUUACUACCAACCAAAACAUCUACAUGCUCCAGGCGUACUCCCCGUCCUCAGUGCCCAUAGCCCCUCUGUAAGCAGCGAAUACUACAUCCGCAUUGAAGAGCCGGUAGACUGUAACAUUGAUCUGGACUACACCAUGUGCUCCUACAGCCCAGACUACCAGGGCAGCAGUGGGAGCUUCCUGACUGGGAGCGCCGACUCGGGCGAGUGCAUGGCCUGCCCAUCACAGACCAAGAAUAUUGGUCCUUAUUGGUCAGCCGACAUCCAUAAGUCAGAUGUGUAUGACUCAAAUGACUCAAGUCCUGCUAUCUCCUUGACAAUGGAGCCUCUUUUAGGGCAAGUGUCAGACAGCAGCCCCAUAAGACCCUGGGAGUCUAGUCACUAUGUGUCCUAUAAAGACCGAGAUGGGGGUUACUACUAUGAGCACUCGCCACCUUUGGGGAUAGAUCACUAUCUGAUUGGAGGUGAGCUUUCCAGUGAGCGUCAUCAUCAGGAAAGCUGGGGGUCAAGAAGCCUUCGCCAGGCCUUGGGUGAGUUGGAGAACCCGCUUGGUAUAUCCCCCUCUGUAAUCAGUCCACCUCAGCAGGCCUACAGAGACGCAUACCUAGACACAAGCCAGGCCUCCAUCAUUGGGAAGAACGUGACGGGGGGCUACUACGACAUGAUGGGCUCCCUGAGGAAGACCAUGCCCAGCCACACCAGGCACAACAGCCACUCGGUCAGUAUCAACAUGGAGACAGAGGGGGCGCUCUUUAUUGGACACAGAGAUAGUGAUUCAGAGGAGGAAGAAGAAGAUAUAUUUGUUGAGAGACACACCUGCAACACUUGGCCUUCGAAACAUCGCCACAGCAGCGUGGGUCACAGACGGGCGAGCCACAGCUGCAGACAGGACGCUUACGUAGAUUUCCACUACACAAUGCCGAGCACAGACAUCGAAGACUCCUGGCCAGAAGAGCACAGCCUGGCUUUCCACACUCUGCCUAAACCCAUUGACUAUCUUGAGCCCCACCAGGCCAAAGACAACAGCGCUUGCCUUAAUCUGAGUAAACACCACACAAUGGUGCCCACAGACAACUGCAAUGCCUACAUAUACCUGUGCCAUGAGGGCGAGACUCAGGUGCCAGCAUCUGGAGAGUGCUGCCACUCGCACUUUGUGGAUCCACUCACCGGCUUGCUAGUCAGAAACAACACCUACAGUCACAGCUACAGCCACAGCAACUACAUCAGAGAUAAGGUCAUUGAAAUCCCAAACAAUGAAGAGAUGAUCAAUCUAUCUCCAGCUCCAGGUGGUCCCAUUGUCCCUAAACCUGCUUUGAUGAAGACUGAAGACAAUGUAGAGCCGUAUGUUGACCUCACAACAGAUGACUCACUGUUUAAAGAGAAGAGGGAGGAUGUAAUCAAGGAAAAUCUAAUCAUGCAAAAACCGACAGAGCCUAAAAUAGAAGAGGUGACCCUUACAAUGACGAAAGCCACUCCUCCUCCUCCUGACGACAACACGCAUGUCAUGGUUGCUCUCACAGAUCCACAGUCAGAGAUGAGUCACACUGGCGACAGCGGCGUCGACCGAGGAGGCUCCAGCGUGAGCCUCGCCGACAUCCUCGACUGCAGUGACGAGGAAGAGGACGAUGACAUCACAGACGAUAUCACCGAUGUUACCUCGGGCAUCUUCGCAGACGAGUCCAGCGAGCUGAACGCUUCUCCUGCCUUCAAGUCGCUACAGAAGCAGGUAGGAACUCCUGAUUCUAUGGAUUCGAUGGAUCUGCCGUCUGCAGCCGGGUCCUGUGAAGGUUUCAGUCCUGCGUCCUCUCACCCUUCCAGCUCACCUAAAGCGAUGGACAGCGGCUACGACACAGAAAAUAAUGAGAGCCCUGAGUUUGUCCCCAAAGAGCCUCAUGAACCUCGUGAACAACCUCUAGGAAAGCCUCCACUUGACACGAGCCUGGAGGAGCAAGAAGAGGAGGCCCAAGAGAUGCCUACAGAGGGGGAGCCAUCACUGGAUGAGGAUUUGGCUUUAGGUACCUCAGAGUCAUGUGACGACAUCCUUCAACCGCUGAGUGAAAAGACCCCAUACAGAGACUCUGCUUACUUUUCAGACUACGAGAACGAAAGGCAGUCCAGGGAUGAAGGAGAGGAGCUACCAGAGAAAAUAGGAGAUGAUGAAGAAAAUGUUGAAAAGGAACAGCACAUGGGAGAAAAGAAGGGUGAGAAAAGGAAGAAUGAGGAGGAGGAAGAAUUACAGGACACCGUUGCAAGCAAAGACAUAAAACUUGAAAGUAAACCCACAUUGACUCGAGCAGCAGAGUCGUCUUCGGAGGACUGUGAGCAGGAUGAAGUACUGGGUUUACCUCUGCAGCACUCUGAUACCGCCUCGAUAGCAGAAGGCGGACUGGAUGAAUGGCCAUCUCAGGAGGAGAACUCAUCUCUGGGCGACUGGGCAGCAGAGGUGGUGGGCGCUAUGGAGGAGGCCCUCGGUGCCCUGCACGAAGAAUGUAACUCCAACAUUAAUGUAGAGGAGGAGGAAGCGGAGGAGGAGGCUCAAGCUUUAGAAACAGCAGAAGAGCCAGCAGCGAUCAAGACAAUUCAAAACAAGCCAUCAGGGAUAUCCGGAGAAACCCUGCACACCUUACCCAAAGACGAGGUGGCCUUGCAGCACACAGCAAACACCAGGCGGUUCUCUUCUUCUUCGCCUCCACCUCCAUCCACCCCUCCACCUCCGCUUCCUGCAGCAGAGGGCCGAGGGUCUCCGGCUGACGGGGAAGAGGCGGACGGCGAGGAGGAUGGCGACACAGACGACAGCGACGAGUCGGACGAGGACCUGCGGGCAUACAGCGAGCGAGAGCAGAGCGGAGGGGAGGAGAGCGAGGACGAGUGCCACCCGGUGCCCAUCGUGGUGAGCGACAACAGCGACGCACACAAGCUGCGCAGCCUCCUCAAGAUGCCGACGCUGCUCACAGUGGAGAAUCUGGCGGAGGACUUCGAAUGCAAGAAGAAGACGGUGUCGUUUUUUGAUGAUGUCACCGUCUAUCUGUUCGAUCAGGAAAGCCCGACUAAAGAGCUGGCUGAACACGGCUUCUCUUUAGGAGCCGAGGGUCAAAGGUCACGCAGCAAAUCCCAGGAAAGGUUGAAUGCCUCGGACGACUCAGACGGGAACAUCUCAGAGGAGAGCGCCGGGUACGAGUGGGAGGACGACUUCCCUCUGCUCCCGUUACCCACUUCCUCAGCAUCAUCGGACUCUCCUCCUCCUCCUCCUCUUCCUCCUCUUCCUCCUCGACCCGCCAACAAAGUCCCGGACCCUAAACCAGCCGUGCAGUACUCCCGCUUCACCGUCUCCCCCUCCAACGUGUCCCGCUUCUCCAUCACUCACAUCUCGGACUCUGACAUGGACUCAGCAGGAGGAAGCAGCGAGGACGGAGACAAAGAGUAA